AUGAGCCUCUCAAUAGACCAUCCUUGCAUUGCCUGGAGUGGCCUCAGCAGAAUGGUGUUCUUUGCUGAAGCCAUCGUCUCUAAAGGGAACAUCUGUUCUAUUGGAGAACAGUACAAUCUGGCCUUCAAGAUUGUGCACACGGCGAGCCGGCUGGUGCUUGGCAUGCUGACCAAUCAUGGAUUCCAUGAGAUCCAUCCAAACAGUAAUGACUUCAACCUCAUGUGGACGGGGUCUCGCCUCAAGCCUUACCUCCUAUGUAGCCUUCACGACUUCCAGAAGGUCAACCACUUCCCUAGGUCAUAUGAACUGAUGCGCAAAGACCGGCUGUAUAAAAACAUCCAGCGGAUGCAGCAGGCUCACGGCGUUAAAAACGUCCACAUCGUCCCUCAGACCUUUGUGCUUCCCUCAGAGUACCAGGUGUUCUGCAGUUAUUUCAUCAAGGACAAGGGCCCUUGGAUCAUUAAGGCAGUAGCAUCUUCAAGAGGACGAGGGAUCUACUUGGUCAGCAAUCCCAACCAGAUUCCAAUGGAUGAGAACAUCUUAGUGUCUCGCUAUAUCAAUAACCUGUUACUGAUUGACGACUUCAAGUUUGAUGUGCGGUUGUAUGUGCUGGUGACAUCGUAUGAUCCACUCACUAUCUAUCUCUAUGAGGAGGGCCUAGCCAGCCCUCUCUGUCGGCGUCAUUUUAACUUGGCUGCUCUCACUUACUACAGCGUGAACAAGAAGAGCAGCGACUAUCUCAGUUGCAAUGACCCUGAAGUGGAGGAUUACGGGAACAAAUGGAGCAUGAGUGUAAUGCUCCGGUAUUUGAAGCAGGAGGGAAAGGACACCACAUUGCUGAUGAGUCAGGUGGAGGACCUGGUGAUCAAGGCUGUUCCGAGUGCUGAGCUGCAGAUAGCCACUGCCUGCAAAAUGUUUGUGCCCCAUAGUAACAACUGCUUCGAACUGUACGGCUUUGAUGUGCUCAUCGACUCCAACCUCAAACCAUUGCUCCUGGAGGUCAACCUCUCUCCUUCUCUGGCCUGCGAUGCUCCUCUGGAUCUGAAGAUAAAGGCCAUCAUGAUAUCAGACAUGUUUUCUCUUGUGGGUUUUGUUUGUCAGGACCCCCUGCUACAACAAUCCCGCUCUGAACGGGUGACUCUGGACCCAGGCCUGAAGUACCAAGCCCACAAAGCACAGCUGAGCCCUUUUUGCCUUCAUGGAAAAAUCAUUCUCAUGAAAAACAACUGCUAA